AUGCAUAUUAACGUUUUAAUAUUUGUGAAAUUAGCACCAGAAUUUUCUGAACAAUUGGAAGCAUAUUUGAAAAAUUGUAUAAAAAGCUAUGAUUACUCGCAAUUUAGUGAUGUCGAAAAGAUUGGCGUAGGAGGUUAUGCAGUCGUUUAUUCAGCAACUUUUAAUGGACAGACUUAUGCAUUAAAAAGUCUAAAUAAUAAUUUGAAAUUCGGAGAUAAAGAAUUCAAACAAUUUAAACGUGAG